AUGACAUCCAACCCCAAGAUCCUCUUGACAGGCGCCACAGGCUUCAUCGGGGGCAGUAUCCUCACUGCGCUGCUCCAGUCGCCUGUGCUCUCGCUCCAGUCCAGCCCUAUAACAUGCCUACUGCGAGAUGAUAGCAACCGCGCAGCUCUGCUCACCUCCACCUACGGCAAUCGGGUCAAUCCCAGCAUCUACGAUGGCCUCGAUGACUUGGAGACUACCAGCGCCGUCGCCGCAGAGCACGACAUAGUCAUUAACACCACCAUGGGAUUUCAUUCCGCAUCCACGAAGGCGCUCCUCCGCGGACUGGCGCAGCGCAAGGCCCAUACCGGCCGUGACGUCUGGAUGAUCCACACAUCCGGCACAUCCAACAUCGGCGACAAGCCCAUCACGAACCCCGUUGGAUUAAGAGAGUUCGACGACCUGGCUGACGACGUGUAUGCGCAUGAAAAGGCGCUCGAAGCGGCGGAGCCCUACGCGCAACGGACCACCGAGCUGGGUGUCAUUGAUACGGGCCUCGAGCUGGGCGUCAAGACGCUCGUGAUUAUGAGUCCGAUCAUUUAUGGGACCGGUACGGGCUUGUUCAACAGGGUUAGCAUCCACACUGGGUACAUGAAAGCGAUACUGAAGAUCGGGCAUGCGGUGGUGGUAGGUGACGGGGCUGGUCUGUGGGACCACGUGCACAUCGAGGAUCUGGCCGACUUGUACCGGCUCGUCGUGCUGGAUGUCGUGGAACGGGAAGGCAAGGCUUUGCCUACUGGGAAGAAGGGGAUCGUGUUCAGUGGUAAUGGGCGGCAUUCGUGGCUGGAAUAUUCGCAGCUCGUGGCGGAUGCUUGCUACGAAAAGGGUCUCAUAUCGGAAAGAAAGGUCACCCAUAUCAACAUCGACGAAGCGGCAGAAAUUCUAAUGCCGCGUCUUGGCUUUGCUAAUGAGGUGUUUGCGAAGGAGGAUUUGAAAUCGGCUGCGGAGAUUUUCUGCUGUAACGAAAGGACAAUCGCUAAUGUUCCCCGAACUCUUGGGUGGAAUCCAGUCAAGGGAGACGACGUCUGGAAACGGGCAUUUCGUGAUGAUUUGGACGCCAUCGCAGGUAGAUAG